GCCACUCAGCGACUUUGUUUUGCUGCACAAAAUGACAAAAUAUCUGGGCAUCAAUCGCUUGUCCAAGCUUUUCCAGAUCAUCCAAGAGGCUGGCGGCUUGAAACAAACAUACUUGAAGUUAUACAGAAAUGAUGAUCUGAAGAUUGGAACCUUGGUUGGCAUUGACAAGUACGGCAACAAGUACUUUGAGAACCCAUACUAUUUCUAUGGCAGAAAUCGGUGGAUUGAAUUUCCUCAGCAUGUGGGUAUGGAUUAUGAUGGUUCCCAAAUACCUGCCGAAUGGUACGGCUGGAUGCACUACAAGACGGACCUACCGCCUACUCGGGACGGCUGUCGCCCCAAAUACAAAUGGAUAGCAGAUCACAGCGAAAAUCUGUCGGGAACCAAGGAGUCGUACAUGCCCUACUCAACAACACCGCCGAAAGUUGAGGCCUGGGAUCCCAAGGCUAAGAAAUAGAAAAUCAAUAGCAUACAACUAAAUUUAAUAUGAUUGAUGAAAGCUCGUCAAUAAACACUGUUAAUACAAAUUGCA